AUGGCGAUGGCGCUCGUCUUACGCCACGCCUUGCUCUUGGCAAGCGCAGCCGCAGCAGCAGCAGCCAUGGACAACGCAACAGGUGACAGCAGCAGCAACACCACCACGUCCCCCGUCCUGUGCAACGGCGCCGAGUGCGAGCCACCGGGGAAGCCACUACCGAUCUACGGCUACCCGCCUCCGGCGCCGUCGCUGCCUUCCGCGCCGCCGACGACACCUUCGGCCCCUGGGUCACAGACGCCGUGCACGCCCGUGGCCGUAGUCUGCUGCGGCGGCGCAGGGGGUCAGUACAUGCCACAGCAACCAAACUACUAUGGGCCUCCUACCGGCGGCUACGUGCCCUACUACAACGCCUCUGCUUCGCCUCCUGCGUUGCUUGCUCCUAUUACUCUCGUUGGCUACUACGCGAUGGUUGCUUGCAUCUUCUUACUGUGGCUUGUGGUGUAG